CAAUGUAAGUGAACUGAUCAGUCUGUGAAUUGUGGCCGAGGAGUGAACACGCGUUGUUCAGAAAUGUUCAGUUUAUCCGUGUUUGUUUUGUUAGCAGUAUGUGGGAGUGCAUUCUCACAUACUUACCAUCUGGGGACAUGUCCCAUUGUCGAGCCAAUGCCGGGAUUUGAAAUGAAUCAGAUGUUAGGAGUAUGGUACGUCAUACAGAAAACAUCGACAGCAUCUCACUGCAUCACAUACAACUUCACCAAAACAGAUGAGCCUGGGAAAUAUGAAUUGGAGCAAACAUCACAGCAUUUUAUACUCGGUCUUACGCCUCUAAAACAUGACUACAGGUACACAGGUAUAUUGACUGUUCCGGACCCUUCAGUGCCUGGAAGAAUGAGAAUACGAUUCCCUCUUAGUGUUGCCGGUUCAGCAAGUUAUACGGUAAUGGCCACAGAUUAUACUACAUAUGCAGCCAUAUUCACAUGUCAGAAGCUUGCGUUUGCGCACCGACGAUCUGCUACCAUACUAUCCAGGAACAAGGAACUUGAUAGGAUGUUUGUUGACAAAAUGCGGUCGAAAUUGUCAGCAUAUGGCGUGGAUCCCUACGACCUGUCCAUUAUAUCACAGAGCGAUUGCCCAAAGCAUGUGAACGGAACAACAGAGGGUGUAAAUAUUAACAUAGACCCAGAUACAUUCUCAUCUCACAACAUCGGAGAGGCGGUGAGGAAGACUGGUGGAGCUAUUGCUGACGGUGUCGAAUACGUGGUAGAAGCUGGCAAAAAGGUGUACCAUAAGGUAGCCAGCAGCAAAGAGGACCUCACCGAAGCGCCAUCUGGUGAAUUAAACCGGAAUAUGGACUCAGACGCAGAGUGGCUACCUUAAAUUUUAACUAGACUGACUGAAUUUAGAUUAAAUAGCGUUUAUUGGUUACGUUUACCAUUAGAGAUUAAAUAUAUAAAUAUAUAAUACUCAAGACACAAUUUUAUACUAAGGAAACAUAGAUCUUCAAGAAUAUAAAAUGAUUUUAUUAUAAAUGCAGUGUUAAAUCAAAAAUCCAUUACUAUUUAAGAAUGCAGUUUCAAUCGAGUAAUGACAAUAAACUCGUUGUGGUAAUAAUUAUAAAAUGAUUUGUAUUUUAUUAUAAUUACAUGUUAAGUAAAACAUGAUUUACAAGAUUUUAUGCCAUGUAAUUAAAGACAGUGAUGUAAUAUAAAUAAUUUCAUAAAUUA